AUGGGUGUGAAGCGAGGAAUAUCUCUUCCGAUCGCCGACCGAACGCGGCGGAGACGAUCUACGUCGUCGAUUUUGAGCGGAACGAUCUAUGGCAAACCUCGAGUCUCUCGCCGCCGUUGGAUCGGUCAAGUCGACAAUAAUGGCUCGGAUUCCGUCUCCGGCAAGCUAUUGGCGCUCAGGAGCCUCGUUCCUUCCCGGAGCGAAGAGAUAAAUCCAGACCGGCUGUUCGAGGAAACCGCCGACUACAUCGUGCGCCUGGAGACUAAGGUUUUUGUGUUGCAGAAAUUGAUUGAGCUCCACGGCUCGCAAAGCGAAGAAAUCAAACAGGAUGCUGUGUGA